AUCCCCGCAGGCGGGCGGUCCUUGCGUGCUUUGGGCUGAGCCCAGGGAGCGGGGGGGGGUCCCUCCUGCAGCCCCCAUGGCGCUGGGGCUGGCGGUGCUGCUGCUGGGGCUGCUGGCACUGGGGCUACUGGGUUUACUGGGGCUGCUGGGCUCCCCCGCGCGGGCGGACGUGGCUUUCGUGGGCCGGGCGCUGGCGCUGGGCGGGCGGCUGGCGCUGCUGGAGCGGGGCAGCGUGGCGCAGCGCUGGGGGCGGCUGGCGGGGGCGUCGGGGGUCUCCGGCCGGCCCUUCCUGCGCUUCGAGGGCCGGAGCUUCAGCUACGGGCGGGCGGAGCGCGAGAGCAACCGGCUGGGCCAGGCGCUGCGGGCGGCGGGGCUGGGCGGGCGGACGGCGGCGCUGCUGGCCGGCAACGAGCCCUUCUUCGUCUGGGCCUGGAUCGGGCUGGCCAAGCUGGGAGCCCGGCCGGCCUUCCUGGGCACCGCGCUGCGCCCCGCCGCCCUCCUCCACUGCCUGCGCGCCUGCCGGGCCCGCGCCCUCCUCGCCAGCCACGAACUGUUCGGAGCCGUGGAGCCCAUCCUCCCCAGCCUGAAGGAGAUGGGCAUUGGGGUCUGGGUGAUGGGGAAGGGGCCCUAUCCACCGGGCGUGAUCAGCCUGGAGGAUCUCCUGGAGGAAGCCUCCGAAGAGCCCCUGCCUUACGAGCUCUCCACUCCGCGACACCUGAUGGACACCUGCCUGUACAUCUUCACCUCCGGCACGACAGGCCUCCCCAAGGCCGCCCGGGUCAGCCACCUUAAGACCAUCCUCUGCCUGGGGUUUUACAAGCUGGUGGGGGCCUGCAGCUCGGACGUCAUCUACCUGACCCUGCCUUUGUAUCACAUGUCUGGCAGCCUUUUGGGCAUCCUGGGCUCGUUUGGGCUGGGGGCCACCUGCGUGCUGAAGAAAAAAUUCUCAGCCAGCCAGUUUUGGCCGGACUGUCGGACUCAUGGGGUGACCGUCUUCCAAUAUAUUGGGGAGCUUUGCCGCUACCUGGUCAACCAGCCACAGAGCCCAGCCGAUCGGGAGCAUUCCUUGCGCAUGGCAGUGGGCAGCGGGAUGCGGCCGGAUGUUUGGCGCGAAUUCCUCCGCCGAUUCGGAAACAUCAAAGUGGUGGAAACGUACGGCAUGACUGAAGGGAACGCCACCCUCUUCAACUACACCAGCACUGUGGGGGCUGUGGGGCGCGGCUCCUGGAUUUAUAAGUGCUUCAGUCCCUUCGAGUUGGUUUGUUUCGACGCUGUCCAAGGAGGUCCGCUAAGAGACGAGGCCACCGGCCGGUGCCAGCGCGUGGACAUAGGGGAACCGGGACUCCUGAUUUCUCCGGUGACGUCUCGUAACCCCUUCCUUGGAUACGCAGGCGGACGUGAGCUGAGCGAGGCGAAGUUGCUACGCGGUGUCUUCGCCAACGGAGACAUCUAUUUUAACUCCGGGGACUUGAUGGUGCAAGACGCCAAAGGGUUUAUCAGCUUUUGGGACCGUACAGGAGACACCUACCGUUGGAAAGGCGAAAAUGUGGCCACCACAGAAGUCGGGGAGACUCUGAACACGCUGGAGAGUUUGCGGGAGGUCAUGGUUUACGGCGUGACGGUCCCAGGACAUGAUGGCCGCGCAGGGAUGGCCACCUUGGUGCUACAGCCGGACGCAAAAUUCGACGGCCCUCAAAUCUACCAUCACGUGGCCGAGCUGCUUCCUCCGUAUGCCUGGCCUCGCUUCCUGCGUCUCCAGGAGCAGCUGGAAAUGACGGAAACCUUCAAGCAGAAACGGUUCCGUCUCGUGGAGGAAGGAUUUGAUCCCGGUCGGGUCUCGGACCCCCUUUUCGUGCUGGACAUUACCGCGAGGACCUACAUCCCUCUAACUCCGGAUGUCUGGACGAAGAUUGCCGUGGGAGAGCUACGUUUGUAACGGACGCUGUCCGAGCACUGUGAAAAAACCCGACUCUGUGGCACCGGGCAAUCCUAGUUGAGGGGGGGCUUAGUCAUGCCCAAAUCGCCCCCUUUUCCUCAGCCCGGUGCAUUAGAGGUAGUCCUCGAUUUACGACCACAACGGAGGCAGGAAUUGAGGCCGUUUGCCAAGAAGGGCCACUGUACAAAUCAAAUAUAUUCCAUUUCCAUCGUACGACGCCUGUUCCAUCGUAGGACUCUCUUCCCUUCCAUAACAGAACUGAUUUUACGACAUUUUUCGUGGCUGUCGUUAAACGAACUCUGCGGUCAUUAAGUGAGCCUUGUCCACAAAGGGUGUUUUGCGGAGGGCAGAAACCGGAAUUUAAACCUCGGUUUCUAGUUUAAAAAAAAAUAGGCAAAUCGGGAGGCUGCCAAUGGUUUUUAAGUGCGGUCCCUGGUGCAGAAUGGGGGCGGUCGUAACUUUGAAACUGGAUCGUAAGCUUAGGUCGUAAGUUGGGAUGCCAAGCGUCGUAAUUCGAGGUCUGCCCGUAUUCCUUUCCUGAACCCUCUACCUCCAUUCUCACACAACCAGGACGAAGUGUCUUCCGUUUUGUAACGCAACUGAUUUUUACGAUUUGGGGCUGGAUUCUCCACUUUUUCUAAUUUCUUUUUCUACGAGGUCUUUAAAAUCGAAACGUCUUCCUUUUACGACUGACCCCCAUCGCCCCCCCCCAACUCAGGACACAAACACCCUCUGGGCUGGGUGGAUUUUCUCUCCGGAGGCUGGAAUAUGUAUAUACACCCAUUUUAAAGGCUGGGAAAACUGAUGCCCAAAUAAUAAGCUAAGAGGGUCUGUUUUAAAAAAAUACUUUAUUUUGGGGUGUUUUGAUGGAAUAAGAAAACUUUUCACAGGCUGGCUCUUGUUCUUGAGGGCGAGAAGGGGCUGGCUGGGGAAUUCUGGGAGUUGAAGUCUCUUGAAGUUGUCCAGUUUAAGUUAACACUGUCCUAGAUAUUCACCUAAGUGCAUUUAACUAUUAAAUGGUCAAAUUAA